AUGGGCAGCGGCAGCUCCACCCCCCACCACUUUGUUCUCCAGAAGGCAGAGAGCGCCUUCAAGGCAGCUGUUCUGAUCCAGAGAUGGUACCGCCGCUAUAUUGCCCGCCUGGAAAUGAGGAGACGAUGUACGUGGAGCAUCUUCCAGUCCAUAGAGUAUUCGGGGCAGCAAGAUCAGGUCAAGCUCCAUGAUUUCUUCAGCUACCUUGUAGAUCACUUCACACCAAGUAGCCACAAUGAAAGGAACUUCCUUAGCUGUAUGUUCACAGAGAAGAGACUCCUUAAGGACCCUGAGAUGGAAAAAUACUGUGACUAUGAAUCCAUAGAGGUGCCGGACUAUUACACCGGACCGCACGUCUCCUUUCCUCUACUUCCUGACCAUGCAACUGCCUUAGUGGAAGCUUUCAAACAGAAAAAACAGCUACAUGCUCGUUACGUCUUAAAUAUUCUUCAUGAGGCCAGGAACCAUCUCAUACAACUGCCAAACAUCAACCACAUCUCAACUUGUUACAGCGAGGAGAUCACAGUGUGUGGAGAUUUACAUGGCCAGCUGGACGACUUAAUAUUUAUAUUUUACAAGAAUGGUCUUCCUUCCCCUGAGAGAUCCUAUGUGUUCAAUGGUGACUUUGUGGAUAGAGGCAAAGACUCAAUUGAGAUUUUGAUGAUUCUCUUUGCCUUCAUGUUGGUUUACCCAAAGGAGUUCCAUCUAAACCGAGGAAAUCAUGAGGAUCAUAUAGUCAAUUUACGAUAUGGCUUUACCAAGGAAGUGAUGCACAAGUAUAAGGUAAAUGGCAAGAAAAUACUGAAGAUGCUGCAAGAGGUUUUUUGCUGGCUUCCAUUGGCCACCCUUAUUGAUGAGAAAGUCCUGAUAAUUCAUGGUGGGAUUUCAGACAAGACGAACCUAGAACUUUUGGAAAAACUGGAAAGGCACAAGAUUAUUUCCACCAUGAGGGAUACAAAGAAACCAGAGAAAGAGAAACAGGUGGAGGAAAACAGAAGCAGCUUGCCCUGGUUUCCCUUCAAAAGCCGUUCUGUGCCCUCUUCACCCCUACGUCUCAGCCCUCAGAAGGGAAGCAGGUCGGCUAGCAUCCCCUGUAGCUUCAUACCUAAUAGGAAGCAGAUCUCCAAGAGGGUCCGGAAGUCAGUGCAAUUGGAGUUGGAGAAAUGCUGGCAGCAAGUGGGUCUAUCAGAAUUCAAGGACCAGGAGGAGCUGUCACUCUUCCCACCAGAAUCAGAACUAGACUCUUGUGACCUCCAAGGAGUGAAUCACGAGGAGUGGAAGCAGGUCGCAGAUAUUCUGUGGAGCGAUCCCAUGCCCCAGGAGGGCUGCAAGGCUAACACCGCCCGAGGAGAGGGCUGCUACUUUGGCCCCAAUGUGACGGAACAGAUGCUCCAAAGGCAUAGCCUUCAGUUUCUGAUCCGCUCCCAUGAGUGCAAGCCGGAAGGUUACGAGUUCUGCCACAAUCGCAAGGUGCUAACCAUCUUCUCUGCUUCCAACUAUUAUGAAGUCGGCAGCAAUAGAGGUGCCUAUGUUAAACUGGGGCGGGAUCUGAUCCCGCACAUCGUACAGUAUCAGGCUAACAAGGCCACCCACACGCUGACCAUGCGACAAAGGAUUAGCAGAGUUGAGGAGUCUGCUCUGAGAGCACUUCGAGAGAAACUAUUUGCUCAUUCCUCAUCACUCCUUGGCGCAUUUAAGAGCUAUGAUCUUGAUGGAACUAAUUUCAUCACUUUGAGUGACUGGUCAGCUGCGGUGGAGUCUGUGCUACACCUGGGCUUGCCAUGGCGGGUGUUGAGGCCACAGCUGGUGACUCACACUACUAAUAACAUGUUAGAAUACAAGUCCUGGCUGAAGGAUUUAGCUAAGGAGCAACUGAGCCAUGAGAACAUUCAAUCCAGUUUGCUAGAAGUGCUCUACAGAAACCGAUCCAACCUGGAGACCAUAUUCCGGAUCAUAGACAGUGAUCAUUCAGGGCUCAUCUCAUUUGAUGAAUUCAGGCAAAUUUGGAAGCUCUUCAGUUCUCAUAUGAACAUUGACAUUAGUGAUGAAAGCAUCUGUAACCUGGCUCGGAGUAUUGACUUCAACAAAGAUGGAAACAUAGACAUCAAUGAGUUCCUUGAGGCCUUCCGCCUAGUUGAACAGUCUUAUUUGGAGGACAAAGACUCAGAACUGAAGGGUUCAGAGACUAGCGACAGCAGCUGUAGUAGUCAGGGAAUCCAUUGA